AUGAAUCUCCAGUACCUAAAGGAUCGCCACUACGCGAGCAGCAAUGGGAAUCCGCGCCUGCCUCACCUCUCCUCCGCCGGGCAGCAUCUCUACAGCCCCGCGCCGCCCCUCUCCCAUACCGGAGUCGCCGAAUACCAGCCGCCCCCCUACUUUCCGCCAACCUACCAGCAGCUGCUGACUCAGUCGGCCGACCCCUACUCGCACCUUGGAGAGGCGUACGCCGCUGCCAUCAAUCCUUUGCACCAGCCAGCGCCCACCGGCAGCCAGCAGCAGGCCUGGCCGGGCUGCCAGAGCCAGGAGGGGACCAGCCUGCGCUCGCACCACGGGCGCCCGGCCGGCCUGUUGCCCCAUCUCUCCGGACUGGACGGCGGCGCAGUGAGCGCACGCAGGGAGGCCUACCGACGCUCGGACCUGCUCCUGCCCCACUCGCACGCCCUGGACGCCGCGGGCCUGGCCGAGAACCUGGGGCUCCACGACAUGGCACACCCGAUGGAGGAGGUGCAGAAUGUGGACGACCAGCACCUACUUCUGCAUGAUCAGACAGUUAUUCGCAAAGGUCCUAUUUCCAUGACCAAGAACCCCCUGAGUCUCCCUUGUCAGAAGGAGCUGGUGGGGGCUGUGAUGAAUCCCAGCGAGGUCUUCUGCUCAGUCCCUGGAAGACUGUCCCUCCUCAGCUCUACAUCUAAAUACAAAGUGACAGUUGCUGAAGUCCAGAGGCGGCUGUCCCCGCCUGAGUGCUUAAAUGCCUCAUUACUGGGAGGUGUUCUCAGAAGAGCCAAGUCUAAAAAUGGUGGCCGGUCCUUGCGGGAGAAGUUGGAUAAGAUUGGGUUGAAUCUUCCAGCCGNUUUUUUUUUUUUUUUUUUUGCUGUCUGUCAUCCCCCAGUCCCAGAGGAGGCUCUGUAUUUUGAGAAACUGCGUUGA